CUCAAUGAUGCUGCGCCUCCUGCACUGCACUGCAAUGUUGGAUUUGCGCACUGGGUGGGUGGUUUCUACAGAUCCCGGUGGGUGGCAUCGCCGCGGUGACUCAAUUUCGCGGUGUUUUGAACCUGAUUCUGAAGAUCGUGUGCUGGUAGGAGAACCCAAUUUGCGCGAGUGCUUUUCCGAUCUCUGGGCUUAUUCUCUUGGUGGGUGAUUGAAAUGAUAAUGGCAGCCACUAUCAGAAGCACUGGGUGUUGUGCGAUUGCGAAUGCUCGAAGUUUGAGCCAGACUCAGUACUCAAGCAAGCAAGAAAGGUGGGAAAAAUCGUCUAGUGCUGGAUGUGUUGGUGGGACACUGGGGGGAACGCAUGCCACGGGUUUAGCGUCUGUCCUAUUCUGCAAUAAGACGUUCCUUCUGCCGAAGAAUAGAAGUCGGCCGAAUUUUAGGUUUGGACAUGUUAGUCCUAUCCGCAGCAAAAUGUUUGUGCCAGGGUUUGGGGAGGCGUCUCCUGAAGCCAAAGCAGCUGCAGCAUUGCACAACUUUUUUACUUAUGUUGCAGUCAAAAUAGUAGCAUCCCAGCUUGAGGAUUAUAACAAAGAAGCAUAUGUAGACCUGAUGGAGUUUUUGGAGAAGAUGCCACUGAAUGAUGGUGACAAGUUCAUUGCAGCAUUGAUGCGAGAGUCUUUCCGCCAUAAGAACUUGGCUCUACGCAUCAUGGAAGUUAGAUCAGCAUAUGCCAAUCAGGACUUUGAAUGGGACAAUCUCCAAAGCUUGUCUUUUAAACAACUCGAGGAGGGUAAUAAGACACUAAUGCGCAAAUACCUCACCGAGACCAGCAAUAUGGAAUGACAUAGCUCCAUGAUGCUGUGAAUAAUGUAUUUAUGGUCUGAAUCCAAUCUCAAGCACUUGCAGAUGGCCGUAGACUACCCAGGUAUGCUGCAGCACAUUCAUUGUCAAAAGGAUCGGGGUAGUAUACAUUACAGUGCAGUCAAAGCAAGGCUUGAGGUCGUGUUUAUUGUCGUGUAACCUACAUUCUGAAAUAUUAUCUCCCGGGAAUUUCCCAUUUUCAAAACA